AUAUCCUAUAAAUACCCGCUUCCUCUUAUCUAAUUCGAAAGUUAGAAUAUUAAUUCAAUUUUUUUCUUUCAAAAAUCAAUUAAAAAAAUUUAUAACAUUAAUUCCACAAACACACACAAAUUGAAAUAGCCUAAGAUACGAAAUGUACGGAGAGAGUUGUUACGAAUCCGAUUUGGCUCUUUUGGACUCCAUACGCCGUCACUUGCUCGGAGAUUCUGACGUUUUAACAUUCGGAGCUCCGAAUGUGAAUUCGGAUAAUGCUCCAUUUUUAUGUCGGAGCUCCAGUUUCAAUAACUUGUACCCGUGUCUGAGUGAGAAUUGGGGCGAACUUCCACUGAAAGAAGACGAUUCAGAAGAUAUGGUACUUUACAGUGUACUUUGUGAUGCUGUUGAUUUUGGGUGGGUCCCAUCUCUCGACGCAGGCUCACCGGAGAGCUUUUCAUCGGAUGUCAUGACGCCGGUUAUGGUUAAAUCGGAGCCGGAGGAUGUUUUCCCGGUGGUGCAGCGUUUGCCUGAGAUGAUUGUUUCCGAUCCGGUGGUUGUUCCGGCGAAGGGGAAGCAUUACCGAGGAGUGCGGCGACGGCCGUGGGGAAAAUAUGCAGCGGAGAUUCGUGACCCGGCUAAAAAUGGGGCGCGGGUUUGGCUUGGAACUUUUGAAACGGCUGAGGAUGCAGCUUUGGCUUAUGAUCGAGCCGCGUAUAGAAUGCGCGGCUCGAGAGCUAUGUUGAAUUUUCCACUUCGGGUUAAUUCGGGUGAGCCUGACCCGGUUAGAGUGCCGGCGAAGAGGUCCUCAUCGUCAUCGGAGUCUUCUUCAUCGUCGGAGAGUGGGUCGGCUGCGAAACGGAGGAAGAUGGUGGAGCCGAUGGUGACGGCUCAAGUUGAAUUGAAAAUGGGCCAAGUGGCACAAUGCUGACGUGGAAUGCAUCUUGCUUGAGUUAUCAUUAUUUAAGAGAAAUAAAUAAUUCUAAUAUGCGUAUUGACGUGGCUUUAAGCCACUCAAGCAUGAAUGACAGAAAUAAAAAAAAUAAAGAGAUAGAAGGGGACUCUAGUGGGAGUGACAAAAUCAAAAGCGAGAGAAGAGAAAAAAGAGAAAUUGGGGUGAUGGUUUUGUUCGGAUUUGUGAAUAUAAAAUUUGUUAAUUUUUGGCUCUAUGAAUAUAUACAAAUUGUGCUACAUAAAACCUUAGCUUGUUCUCAAUUUGGCAUGUUAUUCCAAUUUUCAAAUAGUCCAUCUAUAAAGCUGAGAUAAAAGACUUUUUAUCGUUGA